CUGCUCUGCCCGCCUGCCUGCAAACCGAGUUUACUCCACUCCGCGUGGCUGCAGUCAGGGAUAACACAUGCAUGCCCAAGCAAACUUAGGCUGCGGGUGACAUUAACAGCUGACAUGAGCAAGGUGAACAUCUUGAAUUAAACUUUAUAGUAAAUAAAAUAGAGUUUCAAAAGUACAGGCGUUGUGAUAAGACACUAGCUGUGCCAUUUUUGCUGAUCUGGAUUUGCGCAUGACUGGUAACGGCUGACAUAAGAAGAGAAAUCAAGGGAAGACCCAGUCCUUGCCCCCUGAGGACUAACCAAGCUGUUUGGAUUUUAAAUUUGUAGUAGGCAACUGAAUUUUCUGGCUCCAUUUGGAUCUGCUUCAGGAAUAAAUGAUCACCUCAACCAGAAGAGUAUCUCCUGAUAAAUCUGAAGUUAGAAUAGCCUUCAGCCUUGAUGACACAUCAGAUAUCAAAGAUGUGGAGGAACUUUCACAGGUCUUCCCUGACCUUGAACAACGUCUACAGCCUGUGCCGCCUUGCAUGUCCCUUCGAGAGAGUGUUCAGGUGUACAAAGAGCACUGCAGGAUGGCCAGAGAGUUUCACCACGUGAAACAUGAGAUCUCUGUCCUUGAGGAACGCAAGCGCAAGCUGCUUGCGGAGCUAGUGGAGGAUGAGAAAGUUGCUGAAGAGAUCGCCCGUCUUGAGGAGGAAUUUAAGCGAUUGACAGAGGAGAACCGCAGCUUGGUGACCCUCCACAGUGAGCGCAGACAGCAGCUAGAGAGGCUUUGCCUUGCCAAUCGAACUAGGCAAGACUCCUCUUGACCCCUGACUUCCAAGAGCCUGAGUCUUUCAGACUUUCAGCUGAUACUAGACCAGCGACCGGACUGUUUUCAUGCACAGUCUUUGAAUUGUAUGAUUACACAGACAUGACCUGUUUCUGUGGAUGAUCUAAGUCAUUGGUGUGAAUCGCAGAUGUAAGCUUGUCAUCACUGAGAAGUUGUUAGAAUGAUUCUAGUAGGCAAUGACAGAAUUUUAGGGUUUUAAUGUAAGUUUGCUAAACCAUGCUGGUCAUUAUUGAAAACCUAACAGUGAACAGCACAUUACAAAAGUAUUAACAUCAUGCAAUCUUUUUCUAAUUUCAUCAAAUUACAACGACAAAUUUCAAAUAGCCAUGAAUAAUAUGCAAGUUUCCAGCUAGUUUGAGCUGUCAACUAAUCACUAAAUGGAUGUGAAUGUAUGUAAUAUGUAUUUUUUAUCAGCCUCUAGUCGUCAAUAGUUCCCUGCAAUUGAAUUGUAAGUCAUUGGGUUGUGCACCGCCAUCUUUGCACAUAUAGUAAUUUGCUCCAAACCAUUCACUGGAUUAGAUGAAGAGCAUCUGUGGACAAAAGUUUUAAAAUCUUGCCACAGAUUUUUAGUGGGAUUUAGUUUUGGACUUUGACUUGCUUAUAAUGUACUAAAACAUGCCAUGCUUUUAUCAAAACCAUGAAGGAGGGUGAAACUCUGCCCCAAUCAUUUGGAUCUGCUUAAAUAAUUUUUUAUUGAUUUUUU